AUGUCAGUCCACUGUGCCCGUGUCAACGCACCCUCCUCUUGUUGCGCACUUGAAUUCCCACUCGAUUUGGCCCGUCCUGAGGACCCGACCUCGACGACUCGCCUCCUACUGACAUUCUCUCCCCUCCCCUCAUCCACCAGGGGCAUCAAAGACCUCGCCACGACCCUGACCAAACAUGCACCCCAAGCCAUCACCCCCCUGCGCUCCCUCUCGCAUCUUCAAGGUCAAACAGUAGCGAUCGACGCCUCGGUCCUCACCAGCAAGUUGCACUUCUCCCGCCCGACCCAAGCCCAUCCUCCCCAAUCCUCCCCUUCCCCAUCCGAAGCCGAAACCGUGUCCCGUACGCGCAUCGUUCAAGGAUGGUACACCUUCCUUCGGGCUUUAUCUAAAGCCGGGAUCAAACCCAUCGUCGUGUUCGAUGGUCCGACGAGGUUACCCGCCAAAGCGAACGAGAACAAACGCCGCCUCGAAGCGAGGGAGUUGCAAAAGGGGAGGAGUGGGGUCGAGUGGAAUCGAGGGGAGAGGUUGAGGGAGACGUUGGAAGGGUGGAGGAGUGUUGGGGAGCGGGACUGGCAAGAGAUUAGGAAGAGGUUCAGGGAGACCGUGUUGAAGGGGGUUGGGCAGGGACGAGUCGUCGUGACGGAGCAAGCUGCCUGGGUGUCGGACUCGGCUUCCGAUCCGCUCUCGACUGGAGCUCUGGAGCCGCCACAGCCAGCAGCCGAACCCCUAGCAACUCUUCUUGUAACCCCACCUCCACCCCCCCGGGAGACGGUCCAGACAGAGGCUGAGAGGACUGUCGUCGACGUUCAGGAAGAUGACGUCGAGCUCCCACAGGAAGACGACGUCGAGUUCGAAGAGGAAGAAGAAUCUUCUUCAGUGUCGGACUCGGCGGCUUCCAAUCCCCUUUCAACCGGUAUUCUGAAGUCGGCACCUCACCCAACAUCCGACCAUCCAUCAACACUACUCAGACCCCCACCCCCACCCCUUCCCGAUGCGGUGCUCACGACCGUGCUCUCCUUGGCCGAGUUGCACGCGCGCUUCCAAGCCGACGCGACCAAUACGCUCUACUCCAAGAACCAGACACUCGUCACCGAGGCCGAGAGGAGGUGGUACGAUUCGAUACUGGUCGAAGAGCGUAAUGCGGAAGACGUCGACGUCGUCGAUGAAGAAGUACUGCCGCACCGUUCGACGGGCGUCGAUACGGACGUGCUGGAGUCAAUCUUGAGGCAGAGCAACGAGUUGGAGCGGUCGCAUCGGACUCGCGCAGAGGCCGUACCUUGGCAGGCUUCAGAGGAUGUGUUGGUCAGUGCUUUUGCUCUGGGUACUCAAACGAGACCUGCAUCACGACUGAUAAUCCAACGCCAUGCUUUGAACAUGCCAGGACCUAAUCCGUUCCCUCGGGAUCCCCUAUCUCAAACCCUCCCCAACCUCACCGUACGAAGCCGAAGCUCUGUGCGCCUCGCUAUACCACGCCCGCAUCGCAUCUCUCGUCAUCUCCGAAGACACCGACGUCAUUGUAUACCAAGCCCCUUUAUUGCGGAGGGUCAAUUCAGCGGGACAGAAUCCUGCGAAUACGGACGGGGAUGGGGAAGUCGCGAGCAGUAAGGGGAUGAGUGUUUGGGACGCUGAGAAAGCGAGAGAGGGUUUGGGACUGAGUAGGGAGGAGAUGAUUGAUUUCGCGCUAUUGUGUGGUAGCGAUUUUACGGAGAGGAUACCCCAGUGAGUUGUGGAGGGAGGCAGCGUGGCACGGUGUCAGAGCGUUCUUUGACGGGUCGUGGGCGUCGGUUCGCGGUCUUCCUUGGACAGGUUGGGACCGGCAAGAGCGCUCGAAUUGAUCAGGUGAGUCCAAGCCAUUCCCUUACCAUACGAAACGAGAUUUCCCGCUGAAAUCACAGUAACGGUACCCCUUCCCUUUCCAGAAAAUACGGCUCGAUCGAAGCAAUCCUCAAUUCCCAAACGCGCUACCUCCCAUCAGACCCAUCAACCUAUCUCCUCUCCGUCGCCGCCGCUCGUCAGAUAUUCAACGACAUACCCCCCCUCACAUCCGAAGAUUAUCUCACCCUUAUCGGUCGAGACGCGACUUUGGACGCGACGUUGGAUGAUGGAGAGAACGAGGUGCUGCAAAAGUGGGGGAUCAAAGGUGGGGUCUUGAAGUUCGAUGGAAUGGGGUGGCCUACUGUUGAGGAAGUGAAUGACAGAGAGGCUGAAGGGGAGGGGGAAUGGUUCUUGUGGGAGGAGGAUGGGGAGGUCGUUGCAUUCGAGGAAGGUGAUUGGGAGGUGAACGAAGAAGAGGUGGAGGUGGAUGGGGACGUGGGGGAGGAGGUGCCGGUAGUUGUAAGGCAAGGCCUUACGACGGGCCACAGGCAUUAGAAAUAGAGCUUGCGCGCGCCUAGCUUCUUCAGCUCUCUCUUCAUCGAGCUGACACCAGAAGCUAGGUGAGUACUGGUGUUCCCUAUCUCAGCACUAUCGUAUCUCAUCGAGCUGACACCAGAAGCUAGUUGUAAUCCAUAUAACUUGCACCUGUCAUCUUCGGUCACCAGUGAGGCUCCGCUGUCCUAGACAGCGUGCCUUUCAGUAGUAGGGCAGGAUCAGGAAGAGGUGAUGGCGAGGAUAGUCGAUGAGAUCGAGAUCGAUGACGAGUCUGUAUAG